UGCAGAAAGGAAAAUACCGGCGGUGCAUGUAAACACUUGCUUCUUAGCAGCAUGACAACCCUCACGAGACAGGAUCUGAAUUUUGGGCAAGUUGUCGCUGAUAUCCUGUGUGAGUUUUUGGAGGUGGCCAUUCACCUCAUACUCUAUGUCAGGGAGGUUUACCCGAGUGGGAUUUUCCAGAAGAGAAAGAAAUACAGCGUUCCUGUGCAGAUGUCCUGCCACCCUGAACUGAAUCAGUACAUCCAAGACACUCUCCAUUGCAUUAAACCACUGAUUGUGAAGAAUGAUGCUGAGAAAAUAGUCCUUGUCAUUAUGGACAAAGGGCAUCACCCAGUGGAGAGAUUUGUGUUUGAAAUGUCACAGCCUCCUCUGGUCUCUAUCAGCUCUGACACUUUGCUUUCUCAUGUGGAGCAGUUGCUGCGAGCAUUCAUCCUAAAGAUCAGUGUUUGUGAUGCCGUUCUAGACAACAACCCCCCUGGCUGUACAUUUACAGUACUGGUUCACACCAGAGAAGCUGCCACUCGCAACAUGGAAAAAAUUCAGGUCAUUAAGGAUUUCCCUUGGAUUGUUGCUGAUGAGCAGGAAGUGCACAUGCGGGAGCCCAGACUGAUCCCUCUAAAAACCAUGACCUCUGACAUUGUCAAAGUAAGAGAGAUCCAUGCAUGCAGCUGCGGUCUUGAGAGCAGGAGCACACAUUGGAAAGCUUUGGCUAGCUCACUGAAGUGGACAAUGCAGUUGUAUGUUGAGGAAAGGGCUCAGAAGGCUUCUUAAACCUUUACCUUUUGCACUGUGAACGGCACUGAAUCUGCUUACAGUUUGACUCAGAGGAGGCAGAAACUGGCUUCCGCAAGUAACUCAGAGUUGGCAAGGAAAAUGCCUGCAGCUGCAUCAGCCUUUCAUCUGCCAGGAGCAGCUGCUACGGAGCAGAGACUAGAAGACUUGAAAAAUAUGAUUUUCAAAUGCUAAUUAUGGUGCUAAGAAACACAAUAUUUUUAAGGUGUAAAUACAGUACAUUGCAGUCCUAUAAGUGUAGUGCUAUAGCUUUAUCUGGGCUGGCACACAGUUUUUUUUUGCUGAGGUGCCUGCAAGAAAGCAGUCCUGUCUAUGCAUGGGAAUGCAGUGUUGAAUAUUGUGCUUGGGUGUAAGAUUUUCUUCAUUCUUAAGGAAAUCUUUUUUUUUUUUUUUUUUAAUUUAUAAUGCCAUGGACUG